AUGGUCUAUGAAAUUGUAUACUUUGAUCACUAUGGAAGAGUUGAUCUUGUUAAAUUGAUCGCCGAGGUUGCAAACAUUCCUUACAAGUUUGUUGGCAUUGAGGAUAAGGACUGGAAAGAUUUUCAACCAACCACUCGUUACGGGUUGUUGCCCUUCGUGAAAAUCAAUGACAAAUGGACUCUCUAUCAAAGCAUUGCCAUUUCUCGUUUCUUUGCUCAGGAAGGAGAAGGUAAUUUAAAGGAGGAAGAAACCAAGGGACUCACUGAAGGAGUAUUGAAGAGCGUUUUUAAGGUGUUGAAUGCUGAAUUGGAGAACAAUGGAGGAUAUUUGCUUCCUGGAGGUAAACUCACUUGGGCUGAUUUGUAUUUGGUUGAGUUUGCAAGUAACUUGAGUUACUACACCAAGAUUGAUCCUGUUAAAUUCGCUCCUCAAAUUCCCAAGCUCAGAGAAAAUGUAUUGAAACAUCCAAGAGCAAAAGCUUAUUUGGAAAGUGAGAGAAAUCUCAGAAAGAGUGUAUUUUAG